AUGUCCGUCGACGCAGGUGGUGGCCAUAACCGAUCCGGCAGCAUGGGGCGGAACGGAACUCGUGCGAGAGAUGAUUCGAACAGCUAUUCAAGCGGCAUUCAAGUGAUCGACGAGAAUAAGGAAUUUACACCAUACCUUCCAGCAUACUUGACGGCACAAAAUUUGAUCACCGCCGGUUUCUCAUAUCAUGUCGUCGCUGUCUUCGGCUCUCAGUCCACCGGUAAAUCGACUCUUCUCAACCAUCUGUUUGGAACACGUUUCUCGGUAAUGGACGAGCAGGCCCGCAGACAGACCACCAAGGGAAUAUGGAUGUCUAGAGCUAUCGAAGAUACUAAGAAGUCCGAUCCGCGUGAAAUGGGAAAUAAUAUCCUGGUCAUGGAUGUUGAGGGUACCGACGGUAGAGAGAGAGGGGAGGAUCAGGACUUUGAGAGGAAGAGCGCAUUGUUCGCAUUAGCGACAAGUGAAGUUUUGAUCGUUAAUAUCUGGGAACAUCAAGUUGGUUUGUACCAGGGCGCCAACAUGGGUUUACUCAAAACUGUUUUUGAAGUCAAUCUUGGUUUAUUCUUGAAGGAUAGAAGUACAACUCAUCGAUCGCUCCUGUUCUUCGUAAUCCGUGACCAUGUUGGACAUACCCCACUUCAAAACCUCUCGAAUACACUCAUGCAGGAUUUGUACCGGAUUUGGUCCUCUUUAUCAAAGCCGCCUGGCUUAGAAGACUCGAAAAUCAGUGAUUUUUUCGACUUUGAAUUUGUCGCCCUACCCCACAAGAUCCUUCAACCGGAGAGGUUUGUUGAGGAGACCCAAAAGCUACGGAAGCGGUUCCGUGAGGGUAUUUCACCGCAGGUGGAGGCUAUGAGCGGGUCUAAUGGAGUGGAACGGAGGGGCGACGGCGGCGGGGUAUUCCUGCCGGCAUACCACAGGCGGAUACCUGCAGAUGGGUUCCCACAUUAUGCCUCAGGCGUGUGGACACAGAUCGUCAUAAACAAAGAUCUUGAUUUGCCUUCCCAACAGGAGCUGUUGGCUCAGUAUCGUUGUGACGAAAUUGCGGCAACUUGCACUGCCGGGUUUAACGAGAUUAUGUCACCAUUUGAAGAGCAAGCGAAGACUGGUAGGGUGCUGGAAGGACUCGGGAGUGCUAUGAAAGAGGCUCUUGGCGAAGCAAUGGGGGGGUUUGAGGAAUCCGGAGGGAGAUAUCAUAAGGGAGUCUUUGAGCGCAAGAGAGAAGACCUUCGAGAGAACUUGGAGGGAAGGUUACGAGGUCUUGUCGUUGGCCAAUUUUCUGCUCUGUCAAAGAGGGCCGUGCAAGAAUUCACGGAAGAGAUUACGGGAAUCUUGAAGUUGGCAAAUGCUUCAGGACAGAGUACAUCGUCGAACUAUGAUUUCGCUGCCGUGGUUAACCAGACAAGGUCCAAGGUUGUUGAUAGGUUUAUCACAGAGGCCUCUGAGUCGUAUAUUCCCGGAGCAGAAUGGUCUAAUUAUGAAAACGAACUCGCCUCUCUACAAGCUGCGCUGGAUGAAAUUGCAGCAAGAUUAAGGGGAGAGGAGAUGAAGCGGCUUGUGGCUCGUCUUGAAAAGGCAAUUCGAUCCAAGCUCGCAGAACCAGUUGAGUUGGAGUUCAGGAAGAUGGAAGAUAGCUCAAAAGAGAAGGGUAACCUCUGGGACAGAGUUUGGAAAGUAUGGACUGAGGCUGUUGGCGAAGGUGUUGAGGGCUUUCUUGCACGGGCUGGCGGUCUUAAUGCUACUGAGAAAGAGCGAGAUAUAGGGGCAUGGAAACUACGGAAGAAGGCUUGGGGGGUGCUUAAGGCCAAGAUUGAAGAGGAAGUUAUGGAGGGCAAUAUACUGCUCAAGCUGAGAGAGAACUUUGAGGACCGUUUCCGCUACGAUGAGCAAGGCGUUCCUCGGGUAUGGAAACCCACAGACCCUAUCGAGCAGGCAUACACUACUGCUCGUGAGGCAACACUCGGAUUGAUACCUUUGAUUUCCCGUAUCCGCCUCGCUUCAGGAGUGGAGCCACCAUUGACCGAAUUCCUCAGUGAUCCGCCCUCCAACUUUGAGGAGGAUGUUGAUGAUAUGGGCGUCGCCAAAGACGAGUUUGUGGUGCUUGGUGAAGCUAAGCAGGUCGACUUGUCGACUAGGUUUAAAAGAAUGGCAGAUGCAGUUUUCGUUGAAGCUAAGAGGAGCACUGUUAGUUCGGUGGCACAGAUUCCGAUAUAUUUCUGGGGCCUCAUGCUCGCCUUGGGGUGGAACGAGAUCUGGGCUGUGCUACGAAGUCCUGUCUAUUUUAUCUUUCUGCUCAUGUGCUGCGCUGCGGCAUAUGUAGUCCAUACCUUGAAUCUCUGGGGACCAAUCCUUCGGGUCACCAAUGCUAUGAGUCAGCAGGCCGUAGAUAUUGGAAAGGAACGCCUUCGUGAUCUUGUCGCUGAUCCAAACGUGGUUUAUCCUGCAGGAUUGAACGGGACCAGAGGCGUUGAUGAUGGUAGCGGCGCCAUUAGUCUGCAGACGUUAGAUGGCGAAGGAAGAAAACGAGCUAGAAUCAAGCGGGAAGACGACGACGAGUAGGCCACUGGAGAGGUCCGGCGGGUGUUGGGGCAUAAUAUUAGUGGGGCGAGGGCUGUGCUUGGAAUGCGGGUAUAACUUUCUCUCAACUUCUGUUUCCUGCCGUCCUCGUUCCUGCCCGGCCAUUCUUGCGCUGUUCUAGGGUUUUCCUAUUGUCUUUUAUCACCACCACUCCCGGGAUUGUCCGCACGCUGUGGUUGAGUGUAUUGUGUCUCUUUUAUUUUUGUUUCCUACACUAUUGUAUUUUAGCUAUGGACCUUUAUUUUUUCUUUUGGAAGGAGACUUCAAAAACGAGUAGAUAGAGUUCGGGAGAACCGGCGGUGAUGGACUAGGGGGGGUAUUAUAGACAGUUGUCGUAUGAAGGGGUUUUUUUUUACUGGGAUGAAUUGGUGGAUGGGAGAAGCACGAUAUCAUAGAGUACCGGUAUUGUACUCGGGUACUUGUAAUAGUCUUUUUUGUUUUGUUUUGUUUUGGCUUUCUAUCUUUUCUUUUCUUUUCUUUUCUUUUCUUGGUUCACUCCUUCAUGGAUGGUUCGUGCACGGGAUCCGGGUGAGGAGAGCUGUUCAAUCAAAUUUAUUUUCCUGG